AUGGCAACAGCUACCGCAAAUAUCUCCCGUUCACCAGUGCACGUGGCGGCCGCUGCGGACGAGCGUGCUGCUCCAAGCGUUAGGAAUGUUUCAGUCAUUGGUUCGUUGAAGCGGUUCGACGGGUUGCGAUGCCACGGCGCGGCCGUUAGGGUUCAGCCUGCACAGGUCAGGGUAGCGCAGAGGAGGCUACAAGGAACGGUUUCGGCCACAGCCACGUCAGCAGAUGCGCCUGCAGCUGUCUCCUCUUCAUUUAUUGGAGUGACGACCGAAGAAGAGAUGAUGGACGCGAUAACCAAGGAGGCCGCCAAGUAUCGCCUGCCCGAGCGCGUGGUGCUCGGCAUGCGCGAUUUCUACCACUCGUACGCGAAUGCGGUUGCGUCCAGCGGAGUCGAGAACGCGGAGCAGCUGUCUCUGCAGGUCAUGUCGACCGUCUUCGACAGAAUCAUGUACCAAAUCAAGGAUCGUCACGUGUUUGAAUCGCACCAUCUAGGUGUGCGGGAGCCGUAUGACUACUAUGCCUUCGGGCAGAACUACGUGCGACCCCUCAUCAACUACUCGCGAUCUUUUAUCGGCAAUGUGAAGAUUUUUGACAAGAUUCAAGCCGACCUUGACGCUGGUCACAACGUCAUUCUGAUGACAAACCACCAGACAGAGGCGGACCCGGGUGUCAUUGCUCUCAUGCUGGAGAGCAGUCACCCUCGCCUCGCCACCAGCAUUACAUACGUGGCGGGCGACCGGGUGGUCUUUGACCCCUUCUGCGUGCCCUUCAGCCUCGGCAGGAACCUCCUGUGCGUGCACUCCAAGAAGCACCUGAACGACGUUCCAGAGCUGGCAGAGCAGAAGCGAGCGGAGAACCGCAAGACGCUCAAAGUGAUGUCAAAGCUGUUCAAGCAGGGAGGCAACUUCGUAUGGAUCGCUCCUAGCGGCGGCCGCGACCGCAUCAACCCCGAUACGAAUUACGUGCCGCCGGCGGCCUUUGACUCCUCGGCUGUGGCUCUCAUGCACCGGCUCACAUCGGAAUCGGGAAUCCCCAGCCACCUGCACCCCACCGCCCUCUACUCAUACGACAUCAUGCCACCGCCCCGCACUUUGGAGAAGCAGCUGGGGGAGAAGCGAAUCAUCGGGUUCCACGGGGUGGCGCUGAGCGUGGGCGAGGAGGUGGACUUCAGUGCUGUCACCGCUGGGAUUGAGGACCGGAGGGAGGCUCAGGAGAAGUACAGCGAUGCGCUGUUUGCUGCAGUGGAGGAGCAAUAUGACCUGCUGGUGCAGGCGGUGCAGGAGAAGGGGUUAGAUGCUUCCACAGAUAAAGUAAAGCUGGAGCAGACAUGGCUGUAG